GCAGACUUGGAAACAGCAGAAAUAAACAAGUUCGUGGCAGAAGUUAUCCAGACUCCUUUAAAGCUCCUGAAGAGAGUGGGAAAAUCUAAGCAGGAUAUUGAAGCUAUUGAAGAGGAAGCAGAGCCUCCUUUGCGUCCUCUAGCAAAGAAAGCAAAACACGAUGGUGAAUGUCUUGCAGAGGCAGAAGCUGAGAACAUUAAUCCAAGGACUGGAAAGGGGAAGGCAUCCACUAAAAAGGUGCCGGCAUCCAGGAGCAGGAGGGCUGCUUCAGGAAGUGUGAAGCAGACGAGUAAAAGAUCAAGCAAAAAGAGCUUCAUCACUCCAGCUACUGGCAGACUUGUUGGUCUCUGUGCUCGCGGAGGUACCUCCAUGGUCACACCCAGAUUUGAUUCCAGCGUUUUCAAGACGCCGGGUUUGCGCACGCCCGCCCUCAAUGAACGCGUUUAUGCUGUCUCUGCCAACGGCAGCCCCCUGGCCAACAGCAACGACAUCUUCCUCACCGUCCCCGUUGGUGGAGGGGAGAGCAUUUGUUUAACAGCAAGUGAUUUGACCGAGAAGAAUUUUCUUCAUCUGCAUCCAGAGGCCCGAGGAAUUAUGAAGAAGUUCUCG